CUCGGCGCAAUAUUUCCCGGUGGCGCUGGGAGGGCCGCCCGAGGACUAAACCUAUUCACCUUGAUUGGUGAGGUGGAAUAUAUCACUAGAUGUCAUCCCCAAUUUGUCUCAGGGUCCUCACACCCUGCAAAAACGGUAUCAACAAUCCUUAGUCAACAUGCUUGGCGGUGUAGCUAUCGUAACCGGAGGCGGCAGUGGCAUCGGCCGUGACUGCACCCUUGCCUAUGCAUAUGAAGGAGUCAGAGCUAUCAUCGUGGCUGACAUCGACGUCGACGCGGCGCAAUCUUCUGCCGACGAAAGCCGAAAGCUUGCAAUACACCAAGAUUUUGAGGCUAUCGCCUUUCACGUUGAUGUAUCUAGCGAGACGAGCGUCAAUGACAUGGUCUCGGCCGCAACUAAAAGAUACGGGAGGCUUGACUAUCUUGUGAAUAGUGCAGGUAUAGGCGUUCAGAACCCGGCAGAGAUUGCAAGCUCGUCUGUCGAUGAACUUGACAGAUUCCACAACGUGAACGUCAAGGGCACAUUCCUAUGCGUCAAAGCGGCUACAAGAGUAAUGCAGGGCCAAGAACGACGCGUCAUCCAGGGUCGAACCGGGCCUCUAGAUGUUGGACGAGGAUCUAUCAUCAAUUUAGGAAGCUGUAACUCGUUUAUGGCAACAGCCUACAUUACCCAGUAUACUGUUGCCAAGCAUGCCGUGCUUGGCCUGACCCGCAAUGCUGCACUUGACAACGCCAAAUACGGCAUUCGGGUAAAUGCUGUAUGCCCUUCAUGGGUGGACACACCCAUGAUAGAUCGGGCCAUCGAGGGCGAUAAAUCCCUCAAAAGCCACAUUGAUAGCGUUGUGCCCCUCGGACGCAUAGCCAGCCCCGAAGAUGUGUCGAACGUGGUGAUGUUCUUGAGUAGUGACAAAUCCAGCUACGUGACGGGCGUAGGGCUGAUUGUCGACGGUGGGGCCACGUUGACUGUGCAUACUUGA